CCGGCCGGGCUGAGCGCUGGAAGACGAUGCAGGGCGCGGAGCUGGACGCUCGGAUCCGCUGCAGCGUCACUAUCGAGCGACUGAGCCUGAGCGGCCAGGCCCCGAAGCGCCGGGUGAUCCGCGACGCCUCCCUCGCCCUGGGCCGGAACGAGUUCCGGGAGCUGGUGCUGCAAGUGAGCGACGGCAGCGCGCCGCAGAGCUUCGCGCUGCGCGGGGAGGUGCGGCUCUUCACGCGCUUCGUGCGCGACGGGAAAAGUGGCCUGCAGCUGGGCCCCGCGCAAGUGCAGCUGCUGAUCGCUAACUGCCCACCCGACAGCCUCAGGCGCUUCCUCCGGCUGCUGCGCAUCAAGCACGAGGCGGCGGGGAAGGGGGCGAAGACCGUCACGGAGCGGGCGCGGCUGCUGUGCAGCCUUCCGCGGACCUUCGACACCAUCAGCCCAGUUCAGGCCCGGGAUGUGCGGCAGGUCUGCGAUCAUCGGGCCCACGCGAGCUACGAGGCGACGCCUGUGAAAGGGCAGGCCCCGAGAGACCGAGGGAACAGCGGUCUGUGGAGCAAGUCGCGGAAAAGAGCCAGGACAGAAUCUGCUGAAGCAAGCGAUGUAAGAGGUCCCCAGGCAGCUGACAUGCAAUGCUCAAAGAAGCUAUCUCUGCUAAUGCAUUCACGGAUGAGACUCUCUCAGGAACAGUCCAUUGUGCUGAGUGCUGUGCUGAGUGGAAAGAACGUCUUCUUUACAGGCAGUGCUGGGACUGGGAAGUCAUAUCUACUGAAAAAGAUUGUGGGUUCGCUCCCACCAAAGAGCACCUAUGCUACAGCCAGCACAGGAGUGGCAGCUUGUCAUGUUGGUGGCACCACGCUCCAUGCCUUUGCAGGUAUUGGUUCUGGGAAAGCUCCGCUAGAUCAGUGUAUUGAGUUGGCUCAAAGGACUGGAGUGCGUCAGCGUUGGUUGAGCUGCCAACACUUAAUUAUUGAUGAGAUUUCAAUGGUGGAGGGCAAGUUUUUUGAUAAGCUGGAGGCAGUAGCCAGAGCUGUCAGGAAACAGGAUGACCCAUUUGGAGGAAUACAGCUGAUCAUCUGUGGGGACUUCUUACAACUGCCACCAGUCAGCAAAGGCAAUGAGGAAACCAAGUUCUGCUUCCAGGCAGAGAGCUGGAGGAGAUGCAUCCAUGUAAACAUGGAGCUGACAGAAGUGCGGAGACAGACUGAAAAGAGCUUCAUCUCACUCCUGCGUACAAUCCGCCUGGGCAGGUGCACAGAUGAAGUCACCAGGCAGCUGCUGCAAACAGCUACCAACAGGGUUGAGAGAGAUGGGAUCCUUGCAACUCGUCUCUGCACCCACAAGGAUGAUGUGGAACUAACAAAUGAGAGACGGUUGCAACAGUUACCAGGAGAAAUGCACUCCUAUGAGGCUGUGGAUAGCGAUCCCAUGCUAGUCAAAGCAAUUGAUGCUCAGUGUCCAGUAAGUCACUGUAUUCAGUUGAAACCAGGAGCCCAGGUGAUUCUUACUAAGAACUUGGAUGUGUCCUGGGGUCUGGUGAAUGGGGCAAGAGGGGUUGUGGUUGAAUUUGAAACUGAAGGGAAUGGACUGCCCAGAGUGAGGUUUCUUUGUGGGGUCACAGAGGUAAUCAGGCUGGAGCGAUGGGUCUUCAAAGGUCCAUCUGGAAUUUAUCUGAGUCGUCAACAGUUGCCUCUAAAAUUGGCAUGGGCCAUAUCCAUCCACAAGAGCCAGGGCAUGUCAUUAGACUGUGUGGAGAUCUCCCUGUCUCGUGUCUUUGAAAGUGGUCAGGCUUAUGUAGCCCUUUCCCGAGCCCGUAGCCUUGAGGGCCUCCGGGUUUUGGAUUUUGAUCCCAAUGUUGUGAGAGCCAAUCCGUACGUGCUACAGUUCUACAAUCACUUACAGAAAGAACAACUUCUAUCUCAGGCUUCUCUACACAGAUGCACUGAAGCAGAGGAGAAAGAGAACUGGAAAUCUAGCUGAGGAUACCAUGAGACACAAACAGACUGUUCUGGUUUCAGCAGGCCAGCUGUUGUGCACAUCUUAUACCACUGGUGAAAUUUUGCUUUGUUGGCUCAAAGGGCACACCUGCCCACUGUGAAAACACUAGAUGUUCAGGCAGUUAACUUUUUGGGGGGGAAAUUCUACCUCUGCUUAUGUUCUUUUGGUUUAGGGUUGAGGAUAGCCUCACACCCUGGCCCCUCUACACAAGUAUGCAUACAUCAGGAAAUGUGGGACUUGUCCUUGGCAACCUGGAGGAGAAAUGAGAUGUGGCUCUUCCACUUCUUCCCCUGAACUUAAGUCUACUAGCUGUGGCUGUCAUCACACAGAAAGGGUACUGAAGAGCAAUUAGCAUACUUGUAGCACCAGCAUUCUGUCUCCAGCUGACGAAGUGCUAACAAUCAGGAUGUCUCUCUGCAGGUCAAGUAAGGUGCAC